CACGCAAAUCUAAAAGUCCCUAUUAUAACCUAUAGGACGGGUCACUGAGCUAGAACUCUCAAUCUGUCAGUCGCACGGCACGCUAUACUGAUCCAUGUAGCCUAGUGGGCGUUUUUAAAUUUUAGAUAAUCGACCAAGCACCUAGCUAGCAUAAUCGCGGGUCAGCGUGACUACCCAGAACCUUGAUAUUUCAACAAUGGCAGCCAAGCAAACCGGAGUUCCGUCGUCAAAGGCGGGUGAAGCACUGUCGACCGACAAACUAGUCAAUGAUGACGGCUCCAACUCGGAUAAGGUUUAUCUCCGCCGUCAGGUGACCCUCAUCGACUGCAUCGCCCUGACCGUUGGCGUCAUCAUCGGGUCUGGAAUCUUCAUCUCGCCAUCGGGAAUCCUCCGAUACACCGGAUCACUAGGAUGGUCACUUGUCAUUUGGGUCUUUUGCGGGUUGCUCUCCAUGAUGGGCGCCCUGAGCUUUGCCGAGCUUGGUACCACCUUCCCCGUAUCCGGUGGGGCUUACUCGUACAUCCUCGAGACCUACGGCCCCCUCCCAGCCUUCUUGAAGCUCUAUAAUGAAAUCGUGUCUUCAUCAACCGGCGGCGUCGCCGUGCUAGCCAUCGCCUUUGCCAGCUAUGUCCUGUUACCAAUAUUCCCAGACUGCCAGGAGUCGUACAUGGUUACCCGUCUCAUUGCGGCAGCCAUACUCUGUUUCAGUACAUUCGUCAACUGCUACAGCGUCCCUUUCGUUCGUGGCCUCAACAUCUUCUUUCUCGCGUGCAAGAUCAUCGGUCUCGUCGUCAUCAUCGGGUUCGGCAUCGCUGCCCUGUUCAACGGUAUCGGGGAUGUCUCCCAUUUUGAAGGUGCUUUUGAAGGACCGACCAGAUUCGAGACAUUUCCACUGGCUGUCUACUCUGGGCUCUUCGCUUACUCUGGAUGGCAGAAUCUGUUUUCAGUGACAGAGGAGAUUGUUCGGCCAUCCAGAACGAUCCCAGUCUCGAUCAUCACUUCGCUUGUGAUCGUGAUGGUUGUCUAUCUCUCGGUCAAUAUCGCAUACUUCAUCGUCUUGAGCCCAUCGGAGAUUUUACUUUCCGAUGCAAUCGCUCUCAUUAUUGUCGUCUCAGUGUUCGAUGUGAUUAAUCUGUUCACCGCAUUCGCCAUCGCCCUCUUCGAACAUCCCUCUAUGUCAUUCGUGCCCACGUGUAACACUAAAACGGUCGGCUUCGUCAGGCCACUGGUAAUCGACUCUAGCCAUGCGUUUGUUUGGUCCAAGCGAAGGCCCCGCUUUCCAGCCCAAUGGAUGACCGUCCUCAAAUCCAUAUCGGCGCAGCCAGUCCGCUCCGCCCUGCGAUGGGCCCAGAAAACGAUAGAGUCGCCUACUAUCCAUAUUUGUUCUGUGGACAAAAUAAGAAAAGAGGACUGGGCAGCAUUUUGUAUUCCAAAGAACAUGCGUUAA